GGGCCAGAAAGGGGGGGGCAGCGCAGCAAAGCAACCAAGCGCCUCCCCCAGCGUUUCCUCUCACGCCCACUUCCAACCUAGGAGGCUUUUGGUUUCUGCUUUUGUUGUUUUUAAAAUGAAAAGUUGAACCCAGGAAGCUUGGGAGCAGACUUUUUGCCUUGUAGUUCGCACGUGGAUUAACUGAUGUCUGACGAGUACAUGGAGCCAGCCUUUUGUGACCUGCUCUUCCAACAAUUUCUAAGAAGAAAAAGGAGCUCUUAAAUCUAAGAAAAUGCCUCGAACGAAGCAGAUUCAUCCCAGAAAUCUCAGAGACAAAAUUGAAGAAGCACAAAAAGAGCUUAAUGGGGCAGAAGUUUCCAAAAAAGAAAUCCUAGAGGCUGGUGUUAAAGGGGCUUCUGAGUCUCUUAAAGGUGUGAAACGGAAAAAGAUUGUUGCUGAGAAUCACCUGAAAAAAAUACCAAAAUCCCCCCUGAGGAAUCCUCUUCAGACAAAACACAAGCAAAACACAGAAGAGUCAGCGUUCGAUGUGCUCCAGAGUGGGCCAGAGUCUCAUAAGAAACACAACUGUGUCCCUGCCAAAAACAGGAAGCAGUUUGCCAAGCAAAAUGGAGAAACACCUGGGAUGACGGCUGAGGCCUCCAAAUCUGAAGACUUGGUCUCCCCAAAGAAAGCGGUGUUUCCCCACCACCGGUCAGAACUGCGGAGAUGGAGGUCCGAGGGCUCAGACCCAGCCAGGCUCAGUGGCCUUGAUGGACAGCAGGACUCCACCUCCUCAUCCAGCAAAGCCAGGACUGACAGUAGUGAAUGUAGCUCUCCUUGCUGUAGCACCACGCCCCCCUCCUAUACAAGUACCGCCUUCGAUGUCUUACUGAAAGCAAUGGAGCCAGAAUUGAGUACCUUGUCACAAAAGGGCUCAUCUUGUGCAAUUAAGACAGAAAAACUGAGACCAAAUAAAACUGUACGAUCCCCUUCUAAAUUAAAAAACAGUUCCCUGGAUGCCCCAGAUCCAACUUCCCAAGCAUUGGUUGCCGAAUCGCAGUGUUCUCCGUGUACCUCAUACCCAGUACAUGUGGCCUCUACUCAGAAGAGUGAGCACGUGGCAGCUCAGUGUGCUUCUCACCUGUACAACCCACAAGACCACCUUGUUCCCAACCCUGGCCAACAGAAUCAACAGCUUCCGGGGCACCUGGGCGUAACCGGAUCACUAGCAAAUCUGCACACCCAUGAGAACACUAAACUUGAGCCGAUUUAUAAUAUAGCAGUGACAUCCGCUGUAGGCCUCACUUCUCCCACCAGUAGAACUCAGGUUACUCCUCCACACCAGCAAAUGGAUUCCACGUCACCCUCAUCAGUAAGCCCCGCCAGUUCCACACAGUCGCCCCCAGGGCCAACUUACAGCUCAACCCAUGUUUCCUCUGUUGUCAGUCGAAGCGUAGAACAAAUGUGCAAUCUUCUUCUGCGCGAUCAGAAGCCCAAAAAACAAGGCAAAUAUAUCUGUGAGUAUUGCAACCGAGCAUGUGCAAAGCCCAGCGUGCUUCUAAAGCAUAUCCGCUCCCAUACUGGAGAGCGUCCCUACCCCUGUGUGACUUGCGGGUUCUCAUUUAAAACUAAAAGUAAUCUGUAUAAGCACAAAAAAUCCCAUGCACACACCAUCAAACUGGGUCUGGUCUUACAACCAGAGGCUGGUGGUUUGUUCUUGUCCCAAGAGUGCCCCAAGGCACUUAGUGUCCAUUCAGACGUUGAAGACAGUGGGGAAAGUGAUGAAGAGGGGCCUGGAGAUGGGAGGCAGAAUGACCCAGCUGUCAUGGACCUGCAGCCUGUGCAGACGAUGAAGAAGAUAUCAACUCCUGAGGCUUUACCCAAAUCCGUUCCAAGCAAUUCGGGUCAAGCGGUCAGUGGCAUCUCCUUACAGGACGGACCUUCAGACUCACAAGGCCCAACAGAAUUACCAAAAGUUGUGGUCCACCCAGUAAGUGUGUCCCCCUUAAGAACCGACGGUCCGCAGGUGGCCAAUCCCAGGCCUGAACUUCCUAGCACCCAGAGGCAGAAGGACCUUCGUGUUGCAAACAUGCUGUCACAUUCAGCUGGUGCGUCUUCCCUAGAGGCAGAUGAGAAGUGCCAUCAAGAAGGGGAAGUGAUUCAGUCGGAAGGGAAGACAGAGUCUCACAGUGGAACCGCACAUGCACAACUCCAAAGGCAGCAGGCCACCGACGACCCCCAGGAACAGCAAGGAAAGCUGCUUCUGAGUCCUCGGAGCUUAGGAAGUACAGAUUCUGGCUACUUUUCAAGAUCUGAAAGUGCUGAUCAAGCCAUGAGUCCACCAACUCCGUUUGCCAGAACUUUCCCCACCGUGGAGCCAGACCCAGCUAAGAACAGUGGACCCCUGGGGCCUCGAAUCAGUGCCCCAGUGCCUUCUGCUCUGGCCACUGGAGAGAAGUCAUCAGGUUUAGGUCAGAUGCGCCCACCCUUGGCAACCAAAACUCUGGAGGAAAGGAUUUCAAAGUUGAUUUCAGACAAUGAAGCCCUGGUCGAUGAUAAGCAACUGGAUAGCGUGAAGCCCCGGAGAACCUCACUUUCUAGACGGGGGAGCAUUGACUCCCCCAAAUCAUACAUAUUUAAAGAUUCCUUCCAGUUUGACCUAAAACCAAUGGGACGGAGGACAAGCUCUAGCUCUGACAUACCAAAGUCCCCAUUCACCCCGACUGAGAAGUCGAAGCAAGUGUUCCUCCUGUCUGUUCCUUCCCUGGACUGCUUGCCUAUUACAAGAAGUAACUCCAUGCCAACCACAGGAUAUUCAGCGGUCCCUGCAAAUAUAAUUUCCCCCCUUCCCCCUCUGCGAGGAAGCCAGUCAUUUGAUGAUAAAAUUGGCACCUUGUAUGAUGAUGUCUUUGUGUCAGGACCCAACCCUUCCAUGCCCCCAAGCGGCCAUCACCAUCCCCUGGUCAGACAGGCUGCAGUGGAAGACUCCACAGCCAGUGAGAAUCAAGUGCUGGGCUCUGGGCAGCCUGUGGAUGAGAGCUGUCAGGGGAAUCCAGCCACCAGUGAGCCUGGGCCGGUGCCCAGCAAAGCAGUGCACACCCCUCACCUAGAAAAGAAGAAGUCACAUCAGGGGCGAGGGACCAUGUUUGAGUGUGAAACCUGUCGAAACAGGUACCGGAAACUGGAGAAUUUCGAGAAUCAUAAGAAAUUCUACUGUUCGGAGUUACACGGUCCCAAAACAAAGUUAGCUGUGAGAGAGCCCGAGCACAGCCCUGCACCCGGCGGGACACAGCCCCAGGUUCUCCACUACAGAGUUUCUGGCCCUACAGGCGCAUGGGAGCAGACGCCCCAGAUAAGGAAAAGGAGGAAAAUGAAGAGUGUGGGCGAUGAUGAGGACCUGCAGCCACGCGAGAGCGGGGUGUCUCCAGAAAGCACGGAAGCCCUUCAGCUGCAGCCUGUCCCAGGCCCUGCUCCCAGUCCAUCUAAACAGGCCACUGCCACGGCAGGUGACAAAGGAGUCCAUCUGCAGAGCUCUCCUGUCCAGCUUGUGGCCAGGGUCCCUGCGCAGGCCUUGCACCUGAAGCAAUGCCCUGUGGUUGAACAGCAGCUGAAUUCUGCGGCUCAGGACAAGACAGAGGUGAAGAGACAAGGGGGUGGCAUCUCUGUCAUUCAGCACACCAACUCGCUGAGCAGGCCUAGUUCAUUCGACAAGACGGAGCCCUUGGAAGGAGGUACCACCUUUUCUUUGCAGGAGCUGGGCAGAACCGGGAUGCCAGGAGCUCUGAAAGUGAUAGGGAUCCCCCCAGAGGAAGGUCACCCACCUCGGGAUGCCACACGCCAGACGGCACUGUCACAUGCCCUUAGAGGAGAGGCACAGGAAAGUUCGAGAAAGAUUCCAAGUGAGCGGUAUGUGUUAGGACAACCCUUGAGACUUGUUCGGCAGCACAACAUCCAGGUCCCAGAAAUUCUGGUCACUGAAGAGCCGGACCGGGACCUGGAAGCCCAGGGCCAUGACGAAGAAAAGUCAGAGAAGUUCACUUGGCCUCAGCGCAGCGAAACCUUGUCAAAGCUGCCGACAGAGAAGCUGCCGCCCAAAAAGAAAAGGCUCCGGCUAGCUGAGAUAGAGCAUUCCUCAACCGAGUCAAGCUUUGACUCCACACUGUCCCGGAGCCUCAGCCGAGAGAGUAGCUUAUCCCAUGCAUCCAGCUUCUCAGCCGCCUCAGACAUAGAAGACACCUCUAAAGCAGAGGUUUCCCCCAGAGUUGAUUUUCCAAGUAAGGCGGAGUUUCUUUUGAUUCCCCUGGGCUCCAACACGCUGAGCGUCCCUGGGAGUCACAGGGAAAUGAGGAGAGCCGCGUCGGAGCAGAUCAGUUGUAUGCCCACCCUGAUGGAGGUGUCUGAUUUCAGAAGUAAGUCAUUUGACUGCGGGAGCAUCUCUCUGUCCCACGCAGCAGCAGCAGCAGCAGCAGCGCUUGGUGAAUCACAGCUCUCCAACUCCCCAUCUGGUGGUGGGAACACCGGACACGUGCCCCUUUUGGAAAGGAGGCGGGGUCCCCUGAUCCGGCAGAUAUCUUUAAACCUAGCUUCAGAUAGUCAUCUAUCUCCUGUCAGUGCAUCGUCCUCUUUCCAAAAUGCUGUCCUUACUAGUGUGAAUGCAAUGCCUUUCCAGGGUCCAAAGCUUCCAGAUGUACCUUCUGCCGAGUUUCCCGCACCUACUGUGCACUCACAGACCCUGGCUAAGGAUCUUCAGGCAGAAUUGCCAGGUUCCAGGCCUACUGACACCUUUCCUCCUCAACAGCUUCUUGGUGUCCAUUUAUUAAAUAAAAGCAGCACACCCCUUAGUCACCAAAGCACACUGCUGUGUCUGCCAGCAUCUCCACAGAGCAGCAAACCAGGUGCACAGCCCACGGCGUGUGUGUCCUCUACAAGCGAGAGUAACUUUGCCCCCAAGUACCAGCUUCAGUGUCAAGCGUUCACUUCAGGCCAGGGUUGCCCUUCCGGUCCUCUGCAUCCUCUGCCUAAACAAGUUCUUCCAGAUCAAACUGGAGCAGAUCCAUGCUCGGCUUCAGUCGCAGCCAAAGUGUCCAAUCCUGUGUCUAAACCUUGCCCUCCACCACUGCUGGAGCUCGGGCUGCCAAACGACCGGGUGCAGAAGGGGCUGCCAUCCUUUAUGCUGCCGGUGCACCAACAGAGUAAUGUUCCCAUGUACUGCUUUGCCACUGUCACAUCUCUGCCACAAAUCUUAGUGACCCAUGAUCUAUCCAACAUGCCGGUUUGCCAAACUAAUCAAAAUAUAGUGCCAGUCAGUGAAGAACAAAAUUCCAUGCCAAAAUCACAGAACCAUCUCCAAAAUGCAUUGCCAACACCGGAGAAGGAACCUGUGCGCAAAACAGUUCUUCCAGAGAUGGGCCAAAAUGCUUCAGUUUCAGAAUCCUUGCCGACAAAUCAGAAGAUGUCUGUUGGUAGACUCUCCCCGCAGCAAGAAUCCUCAGCCUCGAGUAAAAGGAUGCUGUCCCCAGCAAACAGUUUAGACAUUGCCAUGGAAAAGCAUCAGAAGCGGGCUAAAGAUGAGAAUGGAGCUGUUUGUAGCACAAACCUUAGACCCUUGGAGCUGCCAAGCUCCAGAGCUGGUGAUGGCCACAAACAGAAGAAGCCAGUGCUGGUAAGGCAGCAUUGCACCACAGAGCCCCUUGAAGGAGUGUUUCUGGAGCAGGAUGCUUUCUCUGCAUCUGAAAAGGGCAACGAGAAUGCUAAUUUGGCCCAGGUUGUACCAACUGAGCAUUUGUCAUCCGGACCCUCGAAGUUUGCAGUCACAGACCAUGUCAGUGAAUUGCAGGAGUUUCAAAACCCCAACUCAUCCACAUCUUUGCCUCCUCCGGUGGGAAGUUCACCCGUCCCAUCAGAAAGUGCCUGCACUUUGCCUUUGAAAUCUACGGACAACCAGGAAAAGGAGUCACCAGGGGUUAAUAAUCAAGAGAAGAAAGUCAAUGCCCAAGGGCAGAGCGAGCUCCCAGGUCCUGCUCUUUCAUUGCUCAGCACUUCAGCUGCUCAGCAACCAUCAUUUCCCAGCCUCAAGACCGCGACCAGCUUUACAUGGUGUUACCUGCUGAGACAGAAGUCACUGCCACUGCCUCAGAACGACCAAAAGACUUCAGCCUACACUGGCUGGACAGUGAGCUCCAGUAACCCGAACCCGCUUGGCUUGCCUACAAAAGUUGCUCUUUCUCUCCUUAAUUCUAAACAGAAGACUGGAAGGUCACUGUAUUGCCAAGCAAUAACCACCCAUUCAAAGUCCGAUUUAGUGGUCUAUUCAAGCAAGUGGAAAAACAACUUAAGCAAGAGAGCAUUAGGUAAUCAAAAGUCCACAGUAGUUGAACUCAGCAAUAAAGAUGACUCUGAAAUUAACAGUGAGCAAGAUAAAGAAAAUUCCUUAAUCAAAAGUGAACCAAGAAGAAUUAAAAUAUUUGAUGGAGGAUACAAGUCAAAUGAGGAUUAUGUAUAUGUCCGAGGCAGGGGAAGAGGAAAGUACAUUUGUGAAGAAUGUGGAAUACGUUGUAAGAAGCCCAGUAUGUUAAAGAAACACAUACGAACCCACACAGAUGUUCGCCCCUACCACUGCACAUACUGUAACUUCUCCUUCAAGACAAAAGGAAAUCUGACAAAACACAUGAAGUCCAAGGCACAUAGCAAGAAGUGUGUGGAUUUAGGCAUCUUGGUGGGUGUAAUAGACGAGCAAGACACAGAAGAAUCAGAUGAAAAGCAAAGAUUCGGUUAUGAGCGUUCUGGAUAUGAUCUUGAAGAAUCUGAUGGCGCAGAUGAGGAUGAUAAUGACAACGAAGACGAUGACGAGGACAGCCAGGCAGAGUCUGGCCUCUCAGCAGCACCCUCAGUCACAGCCAGCCCACAGCAUCUUCCAUCCAGAAGUGGCCUUCAGGAUCCCGGGAGUGUGGAGGAGGACCUUAGGGUUCCCAGUUGCUUCUCAGGGGCACACACAGACCCAAUGGACAUCCUGCCUAGAGCAUUACUCACCAAGAUGACUGUUCUGAGCACAGCACAGACUGACCCCAACAGGACAGACUUGCCAGCAAAAGCCAGGCAGAACACUGCAAAAGAUGAGCAUGAACUGGCUCCUUCUGCAGACAAUCCCAGGUCCCCAGAGGUCCUCUGCAGGUCUCCCGGCCACCAGAUGUCUGUGCACUACCCUGAAUCUGAUGUCCUGAGAAGCCCUGCAGCUGGAAAGAACGUUGCGUCAAUACAGGGUUCAUCCUCUGUGAGACCGCCCCCUGCUGUGGCCCAGCUCAACCCUCAGCCAGCGGCCAGGAUUCCUUCCUCAGAAGAACCGAAGCAGCAAACAGCCUUGCCACCGCCUCCAGGCCUGCCCUCCCCUCAGACACACUUGUUCAGCCACCUCCCCUUGCAUUCCCAGCAGCAAUCGAGGACCCCAUACAACAUGGUUCCCGUAGGGGGUAUCCACGUGGUGCCUGCCGGCCUUACCUACUCCACUUUUGUACCCAUUCAGGCCGGGCCAAUGCAACUUACCAUCCCUGCUGUGAGUGUUAUCCACAGAACCGUGGGCACCCCCGGGGAUACCGUCACCGAGGUUUCUGGCACCACUCCUUGCCCCGCCGGAGUGGCCGAACUGAGCAGUGUUGUGCCAUGUAUCCCCAUCGGCCAAAUCCACGUGCCCGGCCUGCAGAACCUCAGUCCCCCGGCCUUGCAGCCGCUCACGCCCCAAACCGUCAACAUCGUGGGCCUGGCCAACGCGACCGUGGGCCCACAGGCGCGCCCCCCAGGCCUGGCCCUCAACGCCGUGGGGCUGCAGGUUCUGGCCAACGCGCCUGCGCAGAGCAGCCCCGCCCCGCAGGCGCACCUCCCGGGCCUCCAGAUCCUCAACAUCGCCUUGCCCACGCUGAUCCCCUCGGUCGGCCCGGUGGCCGUGGGCCCCGCGGGGGCUCCGGAGACCACCGCCGCCUCCAACAGCAAAGGGCUGGAGCCGCAGGCGCCGGCCGGCCAGGGUCACAGCGCCGAGCCGCCGCAGGGCUCACCCCAAGGCCCUCAGGACGCCCCCCAAACAGUGCCCGGCCCCUCCGCCGACCACGCCAGGCCCGAGGGCCCAAGCAAAAUGGACACCGAGAAGACGGCCUCUGCGAGUCACACGUUGCCCGGGCGCUCCUCUGCGCAGGCGCAGCCCGCACCCGAAGCUUUACCGAAGGUCGCAACGUCUGGGCCUCCAUCGCUCCCCACAGACAGACCGGCUCCAAGGCCACCGGGGCCCCACAGGCAGCCCGUCGUGCACUUCAGCGACGUGAGCAGCGAUGAUGACGAGGACAGGCUUGUCAUAGCAACCUAGUGGUUAUUUUUUAUUGAUUUUUUUUAAAUAACAGGUUUUUUUUUAAACCCUCCUUUCCUUAAAGCACAUUUUUUUCUGACAUAAACUCAUGACUAAUCUUUGUGCAAUCAUGAACUUUUGACCAAUAAUUGUUGUUUUGUGUCAGCUCCAGCCAUUUUUGUACAUGUUGUAUGGACAAUUGUGCCUUUUAGGAGUUUUAUGUUUAGAACCUGUACAGACGGUUGAAUAUCUAUAUACAUACAAAUAUGUUAUAUAUGUAUAUGAAAACCAGAUAGUUGUGUUUAGUAGAAACCUGUCAAAUAAAUCAGAUGAGUAAAUUAUAUGUUGCACUGUUAAAUAUAAAUUUUUAUGGCUGUGGGGCAGUUUCUGUGUAUAAAUUAGUAUGUAAACCCCAUAUUUAUUGUAUUCAUAUUAGUCUUUGCAAAUGCAUCUGUCAUUGUGUGAGACAGUAGCUGUACACUUGAGACAGAUUUUCUGUGUUAUGAACUGUUUCAGUAAAAUACCGUUCACUGAC